AUGUACGUGGCGUUUCUGGGCGGCAAAGACCGCCUUGCCUUGGCAUGUCUAUCAUGGGCCAUUGCAGCCGAAGCCAACGUUGAGCUGCCGGACGUGGUCGAAGAUGUGCAGGCAGUUAGCCAGGUGCAGCCCCCGACGGCUUUCGUGACAGCACCACCGAAGUUCUUGCCUGAUGCUGCGUACAUCGACAGCAUGCCUCCUGCAGAUUCUUCUGGCCGGAUGCACUUUUAUAUCUCUGCAAUGGUUCUUUUUUAUGCCAGUGUGGUGGUCUUGGGAACCUUCAUACUUUGGCUGGGCACAAGAUGCAAGAACUGCAGAUCUGAGCCAGAGCACAUCCUUAGUUCGUUGGAUUCCUUGGAAGAUGGUUCUGAUGCUCCGCAACUACCGCCACAGAAAGCAGGGCUAAGUCGCAGGUGUAAGCGGGCGCUCUUUGCGAUCACAUUCAGCUUCACGUACUCUGCAACCUUGGCGGCAGCUUUCGCGAGUGGCGCCACAGGAAGGUUAAGCCAGAAGACAGGCUUAUGUUGGGAAGUUUACCUGAUACUCUUUGGCACCGCUGGUGUAUGGCAGAUUACGCAGGCAAUCAUUGCUGCUGUGAUCCUCCCCAAAGGGCGAAGGUACGGCUUGAAGACAUUCUUCACUGCUUCCCUCAGCGGAAUGUGCCCGAUUGUAUCCGAUGCCUACGACACGUUGAAGGACAUGAUCCUGGCAGCCUUGUGUUGGCAAAGCGGCGUUACCUUCGUGCAGGUCAUCGGAAUUCUCAGCCUGGUGCAUCUGGCCGCUUUACAUAUCUACUGCAGUUUCUUCGAUGACAAGUGUCUCGCACAACUCUGUGGGAGCCACUUGUCCGUUCUCGUCGCAUCCACGGAGGAUACCACGCCGGAGGACACCAGCGCGAAGCAGCUUCCACUUUGCCGCCGCCUGUGCAACAUGAUCUUGCCGAUGCUUUACAAGCAAGUCACCCCGACUAAGCGAAAGCUGAUGGUUCUGGAGAAUGUGCCGCAGGCCUUCUUUGCCAUCUGCUAUCUCAAAGUGAUGGGGAGAAGCCUCUUCGUUGGUUUGCUGAACCUGGCCAUCCCGGUCUUUUUGCUCAUCAUGGCCCAUCUGUCGUACGGCAGCCUCCAGCGUGGUGUGGCUCCCUGGACAGGGGAGCGCCUGAGUGCGGCCUUGGAGGACAGGAACGAGCUUAUGGAGCAACAAAUUCGAGAUGAGGCAGACUUCUCCCACGAUUUGGCACUGUUCCGGUUGGUGGUUCCGCACUGCGACGCCUUCAACGAUGUUUUUCCAGAGUUAGAUGACAUCCAGGAUGUCGACGAUGCUCGCCUCCGCGAGCUGUGCGUGGCCUGUGAGUUCCUCACUUCGCGAGCCAGGGUGGCGAUCCAGUGUGACGGCCUUGAAGAGACCGGCAUCGAGGCAUCAAGCCGGUGUGACACACAGGAUGUUCAUUUUGUGAAGUAA